UAGAAUGAGAUUAAUUUCUAUCAUCUAAUUAAGAUCCAGAGUCUGCGUUUUGCCAUUUCUUGUUCGUUAAGCAAAUUAAUAUACAACGAUCAUGCAUAGAGGAGAAAACUCAGACUCCAUCCCUAAUGAUCUCAUUCCUGAGAUACUUUCGAGAUUGCCAGCAAAGUCAAUUGCUAGGUUUCGAUGCGUGUCAAAGCUAUGGAAGUCCAUUAUCUACCGUCAAGAUUUCACCGAGUUGUUCCACACAAGGUCCUCAUCUAAUCCACGUCUCUUAAUUGGGGUCGAACAAGACGGUGUGUGGAGCUUCUUCUCCUCUCCUCAGCCUCAGAAUCAUUAUGAAAAGUCGUCUCUUGUAGUAGCCGCCGAUUUUCAUAUGAAGUCGUCUGAAGACAGAAUCCUACACUAUUGUAGCUAUGCUUCUGGUUUGAUCUAUUUCACUGAUUUGCAGAUCUCAAAAGAUGGGUUUGAUAAUGUGAUAUGUAACCCUAGCACGGGACAAUUUGCGAUCUUACCACCUGACCUGACAACGUACAGAAACUUCGGCGGCCUUUUGGGGUAUGAUCCGAUUGGCAGGCAAUUCAAGGUUUUGGUCCAUAACCCUAAAAUCGACGAUGAAUUGGUUUAUCAUAUUCUGACAUUAGGAACUGAAAAUGUGAAGUGGAGGGAGAUAAAAUUUCCCUUAUUCUCUGAUCUUUCUUCGGAAAUGAUAUGCAUCAAUGGUGUUUUGUAUUACAUAACUUUAGGUAGUCAUAAAAAUAUAGGUUGCUUUGAUGUUAGGUCUGAGAAAUUUAAGUUUUUAUAUGCAAACCCAGAUUACUUUUAUAAUUGGUCUAGAAAAUUGUUAAACUAUAAGGGUAAAUUAGGUGUGACUAAAAUGGAAAAUGAUUAUGAAGGUGGAUUUCCCCUUAAGUUGCGUAUGUGGGUUCUAGAGGAUGUCGAGAAAGAGGAAUGGACGACAUAUUCCUACACUGUGAGGGCUGAGAAUUUAAUCAAGGAUAAUGACUAUAUUUGUGUUGUUGGGGCGACUGCUUCAGGUGAAAUUGUUUUGGCGAAGUUGAAUGCGUAUAAACCGUUUUAUGUUUUCUACUUUAAUCCCGAAAAGAACACUCUCCUAAGCGUUGAAAUCCAAGGUGUUGGAAAAGAGAAAGAAGGGUUCGAUCAUCAUAGCGUUUACUACUUUGUAGACCAUGUAGAAGAUAUUAAGUUUGAUGUUAUGAAGAAAACAUAUGCUGCAACAUCGAUAAGCUAGCCCACGAGCACAUCAACAUCAUCUACAAAAGAUCAUCAAGUGAGGAUCGGUGCUCACCUGAAACAAGAUAUUCUUAUGUUUGAGAGCGCUAACAAAUUUAAUGAUCUGUCUCUUUUAGAUGAUGAUGAAUUUACAGGUUUUAAAACAUGAUUGUUUCCCUUGCUUGCCAAGUC